UAUAACCGGUUAAAGUACACUGAUAUUGCACAAAUUCAUUGCAUUAUCAAUGUGUAUAUAAGUUAUGUACAAACAAAAGUCUACUAACUAAGAUUAUCAUAUAAUUUUGUCUUUAUAUUUCUUUCUUAGUUAUAAAGCUACCUAGUUUGAGCUGUGUUCUUCAGCUAAAUUGGAGUCAUGUGUUUAUCUGUUUCUUCCAUCACAUGAAACAUAUAGAAUAUGAUUUUGUCUUCCUCUUAGGAUUAAACCCCAUUCCUUGUGAAUUUCUCUUACAAACAUAUGGUUGUUCAUCACUAUUCUUGGUUCCAAAUAGAUAACAUCACAGACCAAGAUUAAGAUCCCUAUUGAGUCCCCUUUCAAGGCAUUUAUAGUUAAACCAACUAUUCCAUUUAGAUUACUGCAUCACUUAUGAGCUGCUAGCACUCUUCGGCUCAAUUUUUAUAGAGAUUGAUCAGAAGUUGAUAUGAGUAUGAGUGAACAAUUUGGUUCAGAAAGAUCAAAGCCAUGGAACAUUCAGUCAAGUUCAGAACCGAGUCCUUCCCAAACACAAGUUAACAGACAAGGACAAUGGAAGAACUUUGGCACAUCGAUGGAUGCCAUUUCUUUUGGUUUUGUUGCUACAGCUAUCCUCAUAUCUAUGUUUCUCAUCAUGGCCAUCUUUGAACAUCUCUUCAAGCCUAGCCCCCCCUUCUCUUCGGCUCAAGAUAGUAGAAACAGUUCCUUGGAGUUGGGCUCGAUUCAGAAACGUGCAAGUUCACAAACAGUAGAAACACCAUAUCCGUCAGAUUACACAGUUUUGAUGCCAGGACAACAGUAUCCUACCUUCAUUGCCAAGCCAACUCCACUGCCUUGUCCAAGGGAAGGGGUUUAUUGGCCUUCCCAUGGACAUAGUUUCCCCUUCUCUUAAUGUUUCUAAAAGAAUAGUUAAUUUUAUCAUAUGUUUAAAUCCUGGAAAGAAUAUUUAUGUAAUCUUAAAAAAUGUCACCAAUCCCAUAAGCUAGCACUCUGUUACCCUACUACAACAACAACAACAACAACAACUCUGUUACCCUACUCUGACAUGUAAAUUAGCUGUCAGACGAAAACUGAAGUUUUGCACAUUAGGAAGAAGGAAAAUUUGGGUUGACGUUGGAUUGUUUUUGUGUAACAUACUGUCUUUUCGUCUAUUGACUGAGUUCCCCUUUUUA